ACCUGACGGACCCGACAGUGGAGCUUGUGUCGUAUACUUUGUAGGCCAUCUAUGUUGUAAAGAAGCGAUAAUUGGAAUGUCUAAACAAGAACUGAUACAUUACGCUGCCAAAUAUGGAG